AUGGAGAAGGGCUCCCCAAAGUCCGAGCGCCCUCGGAGAAAGUCGCCGGGACCCGGGCCUUCGCCUCAACCCCCGCCCACCGCAACUUUCGCGGGCGGACCCGGGCCCGGGUUGAGCCGCCUCGAGGAUCCCCAGGGCCACUUGGCGCCGGUCCUGGCCCCCAUCGCUUUCCUAACACCCCCACCCCUCCUUCGGGCGCUGAGUGUGGCCUUUGUCGCGGCGGAGACACGCUUCCUGUGUUUGAAGAACAUACGCACCUUCCUGAAAGUCUGCCACGAUAAAUUCGGAUUAAGGAACAGCGAGCUGUUUGACCCCUUUGACCUCUUCGAUGUGCGAGACUUUGGAAAGGUCAUCUCCGCGGUGUCGAGGCUCUCACUGCACAGCAUUGCGCAGAACAAAGGAAUCAGGCCUUUUCCCUCAGAGGAGACCGCAGAGAAUGACGAUGACGUCUACCGCAGCCUGGAGGAGCUGGCGGAUGAGCAUGACCUGGGGGAGGACAUCUACGACUGCGUCCCGUGUGAGGAUGGAGGGGACGACAUCUACGAGGACAUCAUCAAGGUGGAGGUGCAGCAGCCCAUGAUUAGAUACAUGCAGAAAAUGAGCAUGACUGAGGAUGAUAAAAGGAACUGCUGCCUGCUGGAGAUCCAGGAGACCGAGGCCAAGUACUACCGCACCCUGGAGGACAUAGAGAAGAACCACAAGCGUGCCUUAAGGGUGGCACUCCAGUCUAGCCUUGGGUGGGCCUGGCCAGGCACUCACGGCUCUUUUUCAACCCAGGACCUGAUCAAGGUGCAUCACAGCUUCCUGAGGGCCAUCGACGUGUCCAUGAUGGUGGGGGGCAGCACGCUGGCCAAGGUCUUUCUCGAUUUCAAGGAAAGGCUCCUGAUCUACGGGGAGUACUGCAGCCACAUGGAGCACGCCCAGAACACUCUGAACCAGCUCCUGGCCAGCCGGGAGGACUUCAGGCAGAAAGUCGAGGAGUGCACGCUGAAGGUCCAGGAUGGAAAAUUUAAACUACAAGACCUGCUGGUGGUCCCCAUGCAGAGGGUGCUCAAAUACCACCUGCUCUUGAAGGAGCUUCUGAGCCAUUCUGCGGAACGGCCUGAGAGGCAGCAGCUCAAAGAAGCACUGGAAGCUAUGCAGGACUUAGCGAUGUAUAUCAAUGAAGUUAAACGGGACAAGGAGACCUUGAGGAAAAUCAGCGAAUUUCAGAGUUCUAUAGAAAACUUGCAAGUGAAACUGGAGGAAUUUGGAAGACCAAAGAUUGACGGGGAACUGAAAGUCCGGUCCAUAGUCAACCACACCAAGCAGGACAGGUACUUGUUCCUGUUUGACAAGGUGGUCAUCGUCUGCAAGCGGAAGGGUUACAACUACGAGCUCAAGGAGAUCAUCGAGCUGCUUUUCCACAAGAUGACCGAUGACCCCAUGAACAACAAGGACGUCAAGAAGUCUCACGGGAAAAUGUGGUCCUACGGCUUCUACCUAAUUCACCUUCAAGGAAAGCAAGGUUUCCAGUUUUUCUGCAAAACAGAAGACAUGAAGAGGAAGUGGAUGGAGCAGUUUGAGAUGGCCAUGUCAAACAUCAAGCCGGACAAAGCCAAUGCCAACCACCACAGUUUCCAGAUGUACACGUUUGACAAGACCACCAACUGCAAAGCCUGCAAAAUGUUCCUCAGGGGCACCUUCUACCAGGGAUACAUGUGUACCAAGUGUGGCGUCGGGGCACACAAGGAGUGCCUGGAAGUGAUACCUCCCUGCAAGUUUACUUCUCCUGCAGAUCUGGACGCCUCUGGAGCGGGACCAGGUCCCAAGAUGGUGGCCAUGCAGAAUUACCAUGGCAAUCCAGCCCCUCCCGGGAAGCCUGUGCUGACCUUCCAGACGGGCGACGUGCUUGAGCUGCUGAGGGGUGACCCUGAGUCUCCGUGGUGGGAGGGUCGUCUGGUGCAAACCAGGAAGUCAGGGUAUUUCCCCAGCUCAUCUGUGAAGCCCUGCCCUGUGGAUGGAAGGCCGCCCAUCAGCCGGCCGCCGUCCCGGGAGAUCGACUACACUGCAUACCCCUGGUUUGCAGGUAACAUGGAGAGGCAGCAGACGGACAACCUGCUCAAGUCCCACGCCAGCGGGACCUACCUAAUCAGGGAGCGGCCUGCUGAGGCUGAGCGCUUUGCAAUAAGCAUCAAAUUCAACGAUGAAGUGAAGCACAUCAAGGUGGUGGAGAAGGACAACUGGAUCCACAUCACAGAAGCCAAGAAAUUCGACAGCCUCCUGGAGUUGGUGGAGUACUACCAGUGCCACUCACUCAAGGAGAGCUUCAAGCAGCUGGACACCACACUCAAGUACCCCUACAAGUCCCGGGAACGCUCGGCCUCCAGGGCCUCCAGCCGGUCCCCAGCUUCCUGUGCUUCCUACAACUUUUCUUUUCUCGGUCCUCAGGGCCUCAGCUUUGCUUCUCAGGGCCCCUCCGCUCCCUUCUGGUCAGUGUUCACGCCCCGCGUCAUUGGCACGGCUGUGGCCAGGUACAACUUUGCUGCCCGAGACAUGAGAGAGCUUUCACUGCGGGAGGGUGACGUGGUGAGGAUCUACAGCCGCAUCGGCGGGGACCAGGGCUGGUGGAAGGGCGAGACCAACGGACGGAUUGGCUGGUUUCCUUCAACGUACGUAGAAGAGGAGGGCAUCCAGUGACGGCAGGAACGUGGACAAGACGCACAGAUUUUCUUGAGAGAGUCACUCCAGCCCUGAAGUCUGUCUCUAGCUCCUCUGUGACUCAGAGGGGAAAUACCAACCUCCCAGUCUUCCACCACCCACAGGGAUGGGGAGGGUGUUGAGAAUCCUAAACUCGAACCGUUUCACUGUCAGCCUGCCCUCGGUGACCCAUCACUGGGUAUGCUAUUGUACAUAGAGGAAACCUGGGCUCGCCCCACCCAGAGCACAGAGGAGGGGGCACCAGCAGCACUGCAAGCCAGGGUCUGGGUAGCAGCCGAGGCCAGAAGCCCAUUGCCUGGCCCCGUCCAACUGAGAUGGCGGUCAGGAGCCUAGGUUUGAACAGCAAAUGCUGUCCCGGGAAGGGCUAGGGACAGCAGAGGGGACCUGCCCCUAGCCCCUCUGCUUAGCCCCUGGACUCAGCCUUGCCUGUCUUUUCCUGCUGCUCUCAGGGGGAGGUGUCAGGCCUCGGGAGGCAGAUGGGACCAGAGCCAGGCUGUUCACUGUGGGCUCACUUGCCCCACUGUGCUAGGUAGCGCAGGAGGAGAGAGCACUGCAGUGGCCCUCUGCAGCCCCUCUGGCUCCCCAGACUUCCCUGACUCCCCCACUCCCCUCCAUGCCAGGGGCACACCCAGACCCCACAGGGCAGGCCCCUCUCUUGGGAGGGGCCUUUGGGAUGGUGAAAUUCCAACCCUGCUCCCUGGUCAGUGGUACUGUUUCCUGCCCUCUCUCUGAGGGGCCCUUUCUGGAGUCCUGGGAUGGUGUCUGCCUGGCCGUGGCCCUGCUGCCAGGUCAGCACAUCUUUUGUAAAAACCCUGAAAGGGGCAGGGAAGAAAACAGGGAUUUCCACUCUCUAGAUCCCUGCCAGGUCCUUCUCCAGGAGGCCCCUCUGCUCUCCUGCAGGGUGGUCCCUGAGGGUCUGCCCAGCUUUGGCAUGAGAGGUUGGUUCCAGCCCCUGGCAGGGCUUCCUUCCAAGGGUCCCUGCAGCCUUCAAACUGGGCCUUGGGCAACUCAAAGUAAGUGCUCUUGGGGGUGGCUGUACCCCAUUACCUCCCCCAGCCACGACUCCCAGCCUUUGACCUCCAGCUGGGUUAGCCAGACCCUGGUUUCUCUACCCUGAUGUUGCAUGGGACCUGGCAGCAGUGUCUCCCUCCCAGCUCCUUGCCAAAGCCUCUGUUGAGACCUGGGCUUCCUAUAGCCCCUUAUCCCUCUGGCCAGCUGCACAGCCUGUGGGAGGUGCCCGGCCCAGGUUGGGUGUGGGGGAGGCUGAUCUCUGCUGUGGGUGGCGCUGGGGACCUGGGGGCUCCUUCUGAGUUUGGCCUUGUGGCCUCUGAGCCGUAUGCCUCUGGGGCGUAGGGAAGAGGUGGGAGGAGUCACGGGGAUGGGGAGCGGCAGGAGGAGAGAGUGGCCCUCCACAAAGGCUUGGGAAAUGAGGGGAGGUGGAGGCAGGGCAGGGGAAGCGAAGAGUCGGCCUGGGAGAGAGCACCCUGGGGCCUGCGUGUCGGGGUACACCCAGCACUUUGCGCCCCACAGUCCAGCAGGUGCCGAGGAUGGAGGGGAGGAAGCCGGCAGCCCCUGUGUUUACCGUCGUCAGAAAGGUCUUGUCUUUUGGUUUUGGGGUUUUUGUUGUGUUGUGUUUUUUUGGCUUGUUUGUUUUUUAAGGGGAAAAAAGUUUGUAAUUAUUUCAUCCAAAUCUCCCGUUAUAUAUCUGUGAAUAAUAAGAGAUUUUAUAAUAGCAAGAAAAUGAUGUAUAUUUUAGUUUGUUGAUGAAUAAGUCAUCAUGAUCACAAAGGACACUGGGAAAAAAUAAUUUAGAGCCCUGACUUUUUGUGAAUUUGUUUGUUUUGUGUGUGUUUGUUUUGAGAUUUGUAUUUGGUUUGGUUUGGUUUUUGCACUGCACUAAGGCAGGAGGGUUGGAGGGCUGGGUGCAGCCGGGAUGUCUGAUGGUUUUCAGCGGGAGACGGGGUGUCCUCUGCGGGGGGCUAAACUGCAGGGGCCUGAGAUUAGCUGUGAACAUGUGGGAGCCCGAUGCAUGUGGGUCAGGGAUCUGGGCCCCCCUCCCCCCGAGCUGGCGGCAACCCCAAAUGGACACAAACUGUACAUUUGCCAAUGGGUUUUUUUCGGACCAUGGUUUUUACUUGCAAAUAAACCUGAGUUCUUUUCUGCAA